UUGCAGUUUACGUGGUGUCUUUGAAGGCAGCAAGACAGGCUGCGGUACACUCCAGCCCCCGAAGGCCAGGGUUACUUCCUGCCUUUUGUAACUUUACUGUACACAACACAGAAUUGCAGCGAUCGCGGCAGUGGCUUAUCUCGCUCGAUGAACUCAAAGCUACCUAGAACUAGUCAUGACUCUACGGGAGCAGCAGGAGUUCACAGACAACCUGGAUUCAGCCAUCUCCUGGAUGCGAGCAAUCCAAGAGAGGCUGAAGGCCAAUGACAACACGCAGGGCCCCCGUCAGGCUCUGGAGGCCAGACUUAGGGAGACAGAGAAGAUCUGCCAGUCAGAGGAAGAAGGCCGUGUGAAGAUGGACAUGGUGCUGGUGGCUGCUGAGCAGCUUCUGCAGAAUGGAGAUGAAGAGCUCAGGAACCACACCCAUAUUCAGCUCAAAGACCUGAAAGGCCUCUGGGAAGAGACCUGCACCUACAUCACCCACUGUCACAGUCGUAUAGAGUGGGUGUGGCUGCACUGGAGUGAGUACCUGAAGGCCUACGAAGAGUUUGAGCUGUGGUUGACGAAGCAGCAACGAAGCCAUGAUGUCGAGCUAGAGAUGCAGCUUGGAGUGAAAGAGAAGCUUUGGCAGGUGGAUCAGCAGAGGGUGGUGGUGAGUGAUAUCAAAGGUCAGGCGGUGCUACUGGAGAGGCUGCUGGAUGAGGCAGCUGCACUGCACAACAGAACCCAGGACCCCAGUGUGGAUCCUCAGGCCCAGGAGAGACUGCAGGAAGCGUACAAUCAUGUCAGAGACAGAGCUGAGGAACGUCUUUCACUGCUUCAGAAGAUCUGUGAGGAGCACCAGACAUACCAAGGUUGUGUUCAGAGGUUCCAGUCCUGGCUGCUUUCAAAAACAAAGGAACUAACUGAAGUGGUGGGGAGGAAAGACACAGCUGAGGAAAAACUCAAAGCAUUAAAAGCUCUGGAUGACAGUGUGGCCUGUGAAGAGAAGGCCCUGCUUGAUAUUGAAGGUAUGGUGGAAAGCCUCAGGCCCAAUACCUCUCCUGCAGGAGUCGAGGUAGUGGUUGAAGAGGCAGAGGAACUGAGGCUGGGCUGGCAGAGACUGAGGGAGGGUCUUUGCAAGGCAGAUGAAGGCCUCCGCUCCAGCCUGGAUACUCACAGUCAGUACAUGGCCCGGUGCCAGCGGCUGGGAGACGAUAUCGGCCGCCUCAGAGAGCUGUUCAAAGGUCUGGACCAGGAGCUGGAGGAGACCCAGGACUGCAGGGAUCGCAUUGACCACACUGAAGAGCAAAUGGUUGGCCAGUGGACGAAAUACACGGGUGUGAGGAAUACUUUAGCAGGGGAAGAAUCCCAGGUGGAACUGCUCAAGGCUCAGCUCAGGGAGCUCUUCAGGUUCUCAGAGGACUCGCGUCACCUUUCUCAUGAUGUCUUGGCUGUUGUUAAAGAACAUCAAAGUGUGAAAUGUCGAGCAACUAGACUGUGUUCAGAGUCCGAGUUGGGACUGAGAAACAUCCUCCAAGACCCGCUACUGGUCUACGACCAAUGGAAAGAUACGGUUUCUCACGUGUUGGAAGCUUCUGCUGAGGUCACAGACUUCUCCCAUGUUGCCAUGUUAGUCCAGAAGAUUGAGUGUCUCCUGAAGGAAAGUGUCCAACUGCAGGAGCGUUUCAGUCUACUGGAAGUGAAAGGAGACCUGCUAGACUCUGUGUUUGGUCCUGAGAGGUCUGAUGGACUGCAGAGUGAACUGAGCACUGCCAUGAGGAACAGAGAACUGUUGCACGUUCAGCUGCAGCAGAGGAAGAGCAGGCUACAGGCAUUCAUUUCAAGAACCAAGGACUUCACUGACACAUACGAGCUGGUGUGCUCAAAGUUGUCCAGUUUCAAAGACAGACUGAUGACAGCUGAUGGUCUACAGCCUGACAUUCUUGCAAAAAAAAGCCAGUCAGACCAGUUUGGGGUCAUCCUAAAGGAUGUAGAAGACUAUGAAGCCCAGGUCAUGGCACUGGAGACUCUGGUCUCCUCCAGUCAGACCAACAGGAUUCAGUUUGAGAAACUCUGUGAUGAAUGGAAACAUCUGCACAUUGCCGUCAAGGCAAAGGUAGAUGAGAGUGACAAAAUUGUUGCAGAACACGAGAGAUUCCAUGACAGCCUUCUAAACAUCGAGAAGUGGCUGAUGAUCAUGAAGCAGAAGCUGAUGUCCUUCCACAGCCCAUCAGGAGAGUGGAGCAUAGAGGGGCGCCGGCAUGAAGCUGAGAGAGCACUGGGGGAGUUCCCAGAGAAGGAGCUCCAGCUGCAGCAGGUGGAUAUUCAGGGUCAGGGAGUUUUAAAGAAGACUUCUGAGGAGGGGCAGGUCCAUAUUCUUCAAGACAUGAAGCGCCUAAAAGACUCUUGGUUGGCCCUGUACGAAAUGAGUCUGAAUCUGCACAGGUUGUUGAACAGUUCCAAAGAGCAGAGAGAGUCUGACUUUGCCAAGACGUCUGGCUCUAUGCAUGCACUUGGAGGAAAGUCGGAGGCAAUGAUAGGGGAGGAGGAGGCAUUAAUUACUGGGCAGGAAGGGUGGAACCAGGGCCAAGGAGGUUACCACAUAUUAGCUGAACCAGAUGUUGAAAAUCCUAUUUCAUCAAGUACAGUCAAGGAAAGUGCACUGACCUUCAAAACAGAUGAAGUAGAUUUCUCUGACCACAGGCAGGGAGUCUCCAAUGACAAGCCAACAGGGGGUAACAGCAGUGUCUUGGCAGAAGAUGGAGAGGAAGCAGUAUUAUUCACACAGGCCAGCUAUCCUCAGCCGCCAAUGAUUAGCUCCGGAGAUGACAGCACAGAAGCAGGAGGAUGCCUAAGCUCAGGAGGAGGAGGGGGAGAGAUCAGAAGACCCUCAGCCAAGAAAGCAUCAGCAACACCAGUUCAAUACUCAAUGGGGAGCCAAGGACACCAUGAAUCCAGGAUGAAGGAGUUUGAUUCUUGGCUGUUCAAACAGAAUGAACUCCUCUCUGAGAUUCUCAGCACCAAAGAUGUCAGACUCAAGCAGGACACACUCAAGUCUCUGAGAGCUGACCUGCCCUGGGGUCAGAGGCAGUUUCAGCUGUUGCUCCAGGAUAGCCAGAGCAGUGAGGCUGGUACUGGACCAAAAGAAGAUGCUGGCCUGGAGGACCUCCGCUACCGCUGGAUGCUUUACAAGUCUAAGCUCAAGGAUGUCGGAGCUGUGAGGACCAGGACCAGGACCAGGACCAGCACAAGUGCCAAGAGAGUCCCAGCCACACAGGAGGAUGCAGCCACUGCAGCACCAGCUCGAAAGCAGAAACCUGGAUUGCUGCAGCGGGUUUGUCGGUUGGCUCUUCCUCUGUGGCUCCUCUUCCUCGCUCUGCUGCUCCUGGCCUUCUUGCUGCCUCUCAUGGAUGAAGGCAAUAGCUGCUCUCUCUCUAACAACUUUGCCCGAUCCUUCAACAUCAUGCUCCGCUACGAAGGACCUCCACCCACAUAGAAGAUCUCCUGUGACAACAGAAGACAACAGAAAACUCUAUGAUGGGCUGUGGAUUAUGUAGGAAAUGUUGACUUGAACCUAAGACCCGACAUUCCCCUGUGAUUGAAGAUCAUGUGUAACUGUACUAGACCACAGAAUCAGUCUACCCUAACUCUGCAGAUCAGUCUGCAGUGCAUAUCUCUCUGUAACAGAUCUAGUCUAUAAGAACAGCACAACCUAGAGCAUCAUGUGUGUAUGCAAACAACAUUUUGCAUUCUGCACUGCAUGGUUAAAUGCCUUCUAAGGUUUUUUACUAUAUGAAACCAUGAUCUCUUAACCAUGUAUAAAACUGACCAUUACCAUUAGAAGUAUUAAUUGGCACAGCAGUCAUUCUUAAUCUUAUCAUUUACAGAUGUGAAGUACAUAUGAAGACAGGACAACAGAAAGCUUAACAUCUGUAAAAUACAUUCCACAUAGCCCUGACAUCCUUUUGAGUUUGAGCUCAUGACUUUUAGAUUAGUUUGAUUCUUUUAUUUUUCAUGUAGUAUCAUUUUUACCAGACUCGCAUAAAUCUAAUUUUCUUACUUUGACAAAUUGGAGGAGACGUGGAUCAGUGCUUGUUUACCAUUUGAUUGGAGACUGACUGGAAUUGUUUUAGUUUGACCAUUUAAAUCCACCAAAGAGAGAUUUAGAAAUUAAAACAACGAUAAGCCAAAGUCGCAGUUCAUACAUAGAAUUGUUGAACAAGAAGGCUGAAACCAAAGACUAUAGCAGCAGUGCUAGGCACAGUACUUUGGCGUUUAUACAUUUUAUAUGACAAAUAUCUUACCAUAUUUCCUCAAAUAAACCCUUUUCACAAUUUAAAAGCUUUAUUUCUAAUGGUGGCCAAAGGUAGAGUCAACAGGGAGAUUAAAGGCUCAAAGUACAGCCUUUAUAGUAAAAGAAAAAAAAUGCCCUGUAAACAAACUCAAGGUUUUUCCACUGAAGCUUCAGGACUUUUAACUUCACUUAGAACAUUUUUAUUAUAUUUGCAGACAGUCUGGGUUUUUCUGUUUUUUGCUUCAUUACGGUUACUGUUUGCUUGUGUUGUGAAGUUGUGACAUCAUCAGUGCAGCUGACUACAGUUCCUGUGUCGAUCGUCACGCUAAUGCUCUGCUCAUCUCAUACCUGUCAAGGCCACUUUUCACAGUAAUGUUUUCAUUUAAUUUGUCAUAAAAGCAGAAUAGCUAAAGGUGGUCACUCUUGGAGUAAAUACAGUAGUUUGGAUUAGACCGCCCUUGUAUUCUGACUUCUGGGGAGGAACAUGGACUCUUUAAUACUGUCUUAAAAAGUCUCCAGGUCAUGUCAUGCUUAUCUAGUUCCAUUUAUCUUAUCUGUUUCUUAGGACAACAUCUGAAAUAACUGAGAAUGAGAGGUGGCAGGCCAUUGCAGUUGAUCAAAGAAGUGGGCCUCGCUUUUAAUAAAGAACAAAAGAAUCUACAGCUCAGUGCACUGAUGAUGUCAGAAUGGAGUAAAAUGUGCCAAAGGGUGGAUGGGUAUUUUUGUGCUGGACAAGUGUUCAUGUUUAAUGAUGUGUCGAGCUGGAAAUCACUUCUCUCCUGAUUUAAAUUUUUAUGUAAUUUCUCAGAAUUUAUUUACAUUUAUCAAGUGGCAAGCCCUGCUGAAGUGUGUAAAGUGUGCAUUCUAGUCCAACUUUUAACAUAAUUGACAUUUCUAAAAAAUAAAUGGUGAAACCUGACUUAAACAGUAAAACUACAUAUAUACCCCUCUGAUUUGAAUAGAAAAGUCUUGAUUAUGAUUCAGUUCACGAUUUCUUACUUUUUAUUCUAUCAUAUCAUGGUUACAAUAAGAACCUGGUUACAAUAAGAGGCUCACCAUAUGUACAGAGUCAUCUAGUGUUUAUAACAUUUUUGGUUAUGAAACCUGAAAAAAAAUGUGGGCCACAUGCCACAAAAGCCUACUUUUUCUGGUAUGCUAUGAACCCAGUGUCACCCCUGACAGCGAUUUGCUGAUCAUUAAUGUCAAGUUUGAACUUCCACUGUGCUUCACACUAGUUUAUCAGUGGAGUUUUUUAUUUGAUUUUUUUAUUCUUCUGUUACUUAUUUGAGUGAUCAACAAUAUAUUUGCUUCAUGUAGCAGCUUUACACAAAAAUGAAGAAAAUGUGUACUACAUAUAAUUAAAGCAUCCAGUUACAAAGCCUUAAAAAUUGGAUUUAUAUAGAAACUGUUAAUGGGCUGUACUUAGUACCACACAUAGAAGUUACAUAGUAACACAACACACCCGUGUUUCUAUCAUGUGUGUUCCGUUGUAUGCUGAAUCAACAAUAACUUGUGUGGUAUUGCUCCUUGCUGCACUGUUCUACUCAGUCCUAUAAUAUGUAUGCAUGUAUCCCUUUAGAAAAGCCUAUGCAAUGCCUGUCUCAAAUCCCAUAAUCCAACCGUAUGCAUUUAUUAAUAAUUUAUGCAACAUGUCCAAUGACUUGCAUCUCUUGAGCACACCUGAUCUUUCAGCAACAGAGAGAGGGUAGAAUAUAUGUUAUGCAAACUUUCCUCAGAUAGAUGUGUUCAUUAUAACGAUGUAGGUAAACUCUGACAUGUAGGAUUUACAUAUUGGUACAUUAUAGAAUUAAGAAGGAAGAAGUGCUUCAUAUUAUUCAACAGUGCUUGUAACCAGUUUUUUAUUCUGUUAUUAAAUAUUUUGUGAGGAAUCA